AUGGCUCCCGCAAGCAUCAAGCCCAUUUUCCCCCCGGCCAAGGAGCACUACCCCCACCCGCCGACAGGCGGACUCGCGAGCCUCUUCAAGGACUCCUUCUCGCUCCCGACCCUGCUGGCGCUCGGGGGCCUCGCCCAGGCCGUCCUCUCGCUCGUGCUCCCGGCCCGGUACGCGCUGCUGCCCCUCCUCUUCGUGCUGCUCCGCACCGUGGUCCUCACCGUCCGCGAUGCCAACUCGCUCCCCGCCUACACCGCCCGGCUCGGCGUCAUCCCCGGCCGCACCUCGGGCCAGGUGCCCAACCCCAGCUACGACCCCCGGGGCCCAGAGGGGAAGGAGGGUGAGGGGGAGGGGGGUAGAUGGGCGACCCCGGCCUUCGGCCCCGCUCCGGCCGAGCAGGGCGUCGUGGUGCUCCACCUGGGCGCGCGCUUCAACCACCCGCUGGGGGGGCUGGGCCCGGGGGCCAAGGAGCUGGGGGACCAGUUCGAGGCGUGCAACAAAGACCUGCUGGCGCGGGCGGGCGAGUUUGGGUGCCUGGGGAUGACGUCGUACCGGGGUGACGGCGCGGAGGCGCGCAACACGCUGCUGUCCGUCUACUACUUCCGCGACCUCGAGGGGCUCAACCGGUUCGCGCACGACGCCGUCCACCGCCGCGCCUGGGACUGGUACCACCGCGAGUGCGUCAAGCGCGGCGGCUCCCACCUCGGCAUCUUCCACGAGGCCUUCGUCGUCCCCGCCGGCGCCUACGAGACCCUCUACGUCAACAUGCCGCCGACCCUGCUGGGCGCCGGCCAGGCCCACGUCCGGAACGAGGCCACCGGCGAGGUCGAG